AUAAAACUUAGUAAAACUGAUAAAAUACAAAAAAAUUGAAGAUACAAAAUUCUAAACUUGUUUGGUUGUUUACAAGCAUUAUGUUUAUUAUUUGUUAGUAUUUUCUGAUUUAAAUUCAAAAUAAUUAUAUUCAAAAUUUUCAUCACAUAGUUGUAUACUAUUCAUAAUAGAAGAAAUACAAUGUUCUUUUAUGCUUUUUUCUUAGUAUUGACCUGGCGACAUUACAAAACCUGUAUACGCCACGAAACUAAUUAUAUUACAACAUGAUUUGAUGGGAAAUGAUUGUAGGAGACUAAAUAUAAAUGGUAUAACUAUAAUAUAAAUCUUUUGAGUACAGUAAAACUAAAAAAAUGUAAAAAAUAGAAAAUUAAAACUUUGAAGCUUUUUGUAAAACUACAAACUUGGUAAACUUCGACCCCAAAAAUGCUGUAAAAAAAUUUCCCGCCCAAAUUUCAGAAUUUUUCCUCCCAAAAUUUUCUUUUUUUCCAGACCUCAAAAACGAAGUUAGUAACUAUAAUUGCUUUAAUUUUUAGGGUUUCUCAUUUCUACUAUCUUCUCAAUCUUCUCAAUCCAUUUUCUCUCAUCCCAUUUCUCAUUUUUUAUCUUUCUUCACAUACUCUGCAAUUUUUAGGUUUUUGCUGUAGUGACGACACGUGUCCACAAGACAGCAAAACUCUGAGUUUCAUUUAAGUUGGUGCGUGAUAUAUGUGGGCUUAUAUUUGUUGUCGGGAUUUAUGUCCUGCUUACUACAACCAGGCCGAUGAAGAGGAAAUUCAUGUGUUUCGAAACGCGUCGUUUAAGAGUUUAGGGUUGUGUCGUCUCCUCCAAUACGAGAUCUACUCACAAACUAUGGUUUCGAGAGCGGUGUUUCAUAUUCUUCUUAACACUCCGAAAAACUUUCAGUUACAGAUUCAUCUUAUUAAUGUCCUUCUUAAAUCCAUCACCCACCUCCGAUCUACUUUCAAUGCGAGCUUCACUCAAGCAAGGCGGUGGAACUGCGACUAUAAAAAGGAAAAAGAAAAGGUUACAGAUAUCAGAACUGGUGCAGCUAAACUUAAAGAAGAUAGCGAAGCCGACUUCCAUGGAGCAGCUACUAACAUUGUGAAUGCUAAACUGGCCAAAGAUUUCCAAUCAGUUCUCAAAGAGUUUCAGAAAGCUCAGAGACUUGCAGCUGAAAGAGAAAUUAGAUAUACUCAUGUGGUCACUAAAGAUAUACCUACCAGUUAUAAUGCACAGGAACUGGAUAUUGAAUCUUUAAGGACCUCAUAGGAGCAAGUUCUUCUCCUACAAUAAAAAAGGAAGAAAAAGAUAGAGAAAGUGGGGGAAGAGUCAUUGAGGGAUGAAUCUGUAAAGAGUAUAUGACAUCAAGUAUAACUAAGAAAACGGAAACGCCUAAAACUGCAAACACGGAUGAAGAGUCGUUAUAGAAUGGUACUUGCUCUCAAGAGGCGAAGCUAAAGGAACCGGAGAAAAUUAUGCAUUGCCUGCGAUUCAACAGUAUGGGGACCAAGCUCUGCUACUACAACUGGUAUGCAAGAAAUGUCAGAGGUAUUGGACAGCUGGUGGAAAGAUGAGGUACGUUCUGGUCGGUGCAGGGAGACACAAGAACAAGAAUCUGGCUUCUCAUAAUAACUGUAAUGUAAGUAUAACAUCUGCAGAAACCGAUCUUCAACAUCCUUACGGCACCAAUCUCCUCCACAUUUUGGCUCUGAUUCAGUCCUCUGCGAAUCAAUGGCAUCAGGGUUGAAUCUUUCUUCAAAUCAAUGCUAGAGACACAAACCAGGUUGCAAGAAUCCUAUAAAGAAUUGCAGAUUACGGUUUCUUUAAUGUCAAAUGAGGAGGCCGGAACAAUCACAGUUACCAAUAGUUCCACGAUUUUCCAAAACCACCACCAGGCUGUACGCUUGGAACGGUGUUUCAUCAAUGGUUGUAUCGUUUUACUUUCCCCCAGCAUACUGGAGCUCUUCAUGAGUUUCUCCGGGAACGUAGAACAGCUUAGCCUGGAUGCCAAAACCCACAUCACCAUCUAGGGAUCAAGAAGGAUGAAAAUGCAGACUUUCAGUGCUUUCAGGUUAUCAAACAAAGAAAAAAACAGUCUUUCCGAAGGAAAACUUUCAACUGGAGUUGCAAAAGCUAAUCCUGCUGCGCUUUCUAGGUCAGCAAACUACUAAGAAAGCUCAUAAAAAUAUUUGACUGUUUUGAGUUCAGUUUUGUGUUCCAAGAAAACAGCCAAGUCUUUUUGUACAUGGCUCUAUAUCAGAAAGUUAGGUUUUGUAUUGCAGAAUGGGAGUUUGUUGUGCCAUAAAUGGGAAAAAUCCAAACUGCAGUUACAUAUAAAUCUUGGAAGAUUUGCUAUUUUUCAUUAAACGCAAGAUUUUGUAAGUAAGCUUGGAAUCUAAUUUGUGUCAUCAUUAA